AUGAUUAAGACAAGAAGCUCAUCUAAUUCACCUGAAGAGAUCAUGAUCGAAUCGAUCAUCAACAAAUUGGUACCGAAACUAACCACUAAACUGGAGGAACACAUCGUUAAUCUUGGUAAAAAAAUUGACAUUAUGGAAGAAAAGUUCAAUGGAGCUAUCACACAACUUUCAUCUCUAGAAUCCAUCGUGAAAUCUAAUGAUACGGUAAUAAUUGGAAUGAAUAGUAAAUUGGAUAUUUUUGCCCAAAAGUUGAAAGCGAACUCAUUGAGAUUGAUAGGCAUAAAGGAAGAACAGGAUGAGAACCUGUCUGCAAAAGUGCUCGCAGUAUUCAAUGAUGCUCUAAAAGUCAGGUGUUCCCUGUUGGAAAUUAAUAAUCUAUUCAGAAUCGGCAAACCUAACAAAGAUGACACAAAAUCUAGAACGAUAAUUGUAGAAUUCGUGUCAUUACUAAAAAAGAAUGAAAUACUGAUGUCACGGAAAAAUUUGAUUAAUUCAGGAAUAUAUGUGAACGAGAACCUGAGCAACAAGAACUAUCAACUUCUUAGAGAUGCAAAACAGAAAUAUGGGAACCGAGCUGCUUGGUCAAAGAUUGGAAAAGUGUUUGCGAAACGUGACAACACCGUGAUUGCGAUUAAGGAAAACGGUGAUAUCGCCUAG